AUGGUGAAGCCGCGAAGAGAGAAACAGCAAACGCUGGAGGCCACGCUUGGCCGCCCCCCGGUGAGGCCCACUAUCAAAACUCCCAGAAAGAGCAAGCCCAAACAGAAUUCAAGCGCACCGGCGUCCAGUUCGCCAGCCAAGAUCGAAGAAGCUGCAAGGAGCUCGCCUCUGGUGCCGUCGUCUUCUUUCUUGCAUUCAUCCCAGGUGCUUGGGAGUGCAAGGAAGAAGAAGGUUGUUUAUGAUGAUUCCUCUUCGGAGGAAGCCAGUGAGGAUGAAGCACAAGCGGUGACACUGCCAGUCGUGAAGACGGGCAGAAGCAGGCAGCGUCAAUCCUCAGAGCCGGAGUCGAGCACUAGCUCGUCCGACGAGGAGGAAGACCCCCGGGGAGACAGCAUCGAUCGCAACGAUGGCGGGGAUGGUGUGAUUGACGAGGAUGAGGAUGACGAAGAUGAGGACGACGCACCCCUGGCUGCUCCGACAACCAGGCGUAAGAGACGCUUGGUUGCUGACGAGAGUGAUGAGGAUGACCGGCCGAUAGUCUCAUCGCCUAUCAAGCGGCGCCGGCUCGUUCGCGGGAAUCUCCCCUCCAGUUCCCCAGAACAGGGCAACACUGAUGAGGACGAAGAGGAAGCGCCUGCACCAACCCCUGCGAGACCUACCCGGGCCAGACGGAAACCACUCACCAAAAAAGAGAAGGCACGGGAGCUUCUGCGCCGGAAGCGCGCAGGUGAGGUUAUCAACGAGGACGAGGAGAUAUCAUCAUCUGAGAAUGAGCCAGUAAAGGCCAUGUACGACACUGAUUCAGAUCAUGUCGCACUUAAUGAGUUUGAGGAUGACGAGGAAGGAGUCUAUGAGCCCAAGGUGGAUGAUGAGAAGGAAAGGAAGGCCAAGAAAAAGAAGGAGAAGGAGGAGGAGGAGGAGGAGACAGACGAGGCGGGAGCAGACGGCGAGAGCGAGGCGGAGAGCAUGGAUGACUUUGUCGUUGAUGACAGCGACGCCCCCAUCGGAGCGCCCGAUCUUGAUAUACCCCUGAAGUUUACAAGACACUCACACAAGCAUCUCAGAGAACAUUUUCGCGAUGCCAUAGAGUGGCUCGUGCACCUCAAGAUCAACCCCGGCUUCUCCGAGAGGGAGCAUCCGCUCUUCCGCAUGGCGUGGAGAAAGCUGGAUGACGAGGUGCGCGGCCUCGCGACAUCCAAGUUUUCUUCCUCCGCUUGGAAGUCAGACUUCCAAAUGGCGCUCCGCGCGCGACCAGAAUUCACCAGCGCCGAACUUCCCAAGGGCGAUAUGCUCGAGUCUCGGAGCUGUGAUGCUUGCGGCAGGAGUGGCCAUCCCGCUCGGCACAUAAUGACCUUCAGCGGCACACCGUACUUCAAGGACGCGGCCAAGCUCUACCGCUUCCUCCAGCCCGUCGAAGCCAACAGCAGCGACUCCGCCUCCGCCUCCGCCUCCGACUCCCACGACGAGGACGAGGAAGCGGACGAGGACGAGGACGGCAACCUGAUUCCCAAGGAGUCCAAGCAGUGGUUCAUCGGCGCAGUCUGUAACAGCAACGCCGAGACGGCCCACACCCUCAUGCACUGGAAAUUCGCCCUCCUGACCUGGGUGGAAACACGUCUGCACGAAGAGGGCUAUAUGGCGCCCAGCGCGCUCGCCGAGCGGGAGCGCAUGCGACCCAAGAAGAAAUACAAGCUCGUCGACAAGAUCAUGAGCCGGUGGGUGGAGAGCGGGGUAGUCAAGGCCCUGUACCAAGACUUCAAGGGCACCAUCGAGCAGGCGAGGAAUAAGCCGACUACCGGGAGACAUCGUUAGACGCUCCGAGACACGCAAUAGGAUUGUUUGGAUUGGAUCAUGUAAGGCGAUACCGUAACAUGCAUGAUACCAGAAGGAUCUCCUUCUGGGUGACGGGCAUGGAGAUGCUCGGGUCUUUUGGCCACUGAGGAGAGAGGUCACGGGCACAAGAAUGAUAACCCGCGAACUUUAUUCGGAGUUCAUGCUUUGGGUUUAUUGCGAGAUGGUUCGGAAAAUGGAAGCGCGAUGAUUUGGGCAGGUCAGUCUAAAGCCCGUAUCUAACUUAGAUGCUGGUUCUGUUCGGUUGCCAGUGCGCCAGUGCGCCUGAUGAAAGAGCGUGCAUGACACCGCUCGCACGUCGGUGCUAACCUUCGAAAGCACCAAAUACAGCCAACCGAGAGAAAUCUGGAAC